CACUCUCACUCACUCACUCACUCUCACUCACUCAUUCUCAUCUUCUCCAUCAUCUUCCCAAACUUUCUCUCUCUACAAUUUUCUUUCUCUCUCUAAAACUUUUAUUCCGCCAUUUUCGUGAUGCUUCUCAGAGCUUCUCCAGCUUUCUCUCUCCUCGCCAACAAUGGCGGCGAAACCCAUUCUCUCUCAUCGGCGAAUUUUGUUUCGAAUUCUCUGAGUUUUUCUUCGGUCCGAUUUUCUUCAUCGACAAAAAACCCUAACAAUGGCGGAUUCUCCGUUUCUGCAGUGGCGCCGGAAACUAACAGCCUUCCUUUGACCGGAGUCAUUUUUGAGCCGUUUGAGGAGGUUAAGAAGGAGCUCUCUAUGGUUCCUACUGUUCCUCAGGCUUCUCUUGCUCGUCAAAAGUAUGCCGAUGAUUGUGAAUCCGCCAUUAAUGAACAAAUCAAUGUGGAAUACAAUGUUUCUUACGUUUAUCACGCGAUGUAUGCUUACUUCGAUCGAGACAAUGUGGCACUUAAGGGUCUUGCAAAGUUCUUUAAGGAAUCUAGUGAGGAGGAAAGAGAGCAUGCUGAGAAAUUGAUGGAAUACCAGAACAUGCGUGGUGGGAAGGUGAAGUUGCAAUCAAUAUUGAUGCCACUUUCUGAAUUUGAUCAUGAAGAGAAAGGAGAUGCUUUGCAUGCUAUGGAACUUGCCUUGUCCUUGGAGAAGCUUGUUAAUGAAAAAUUGUUGAACCUGCAUCAAGUAGCUGAGAAAAACAGUGAUGUCCAAUUGCAAGAAUAUAUUGAGGGCGAGUUCUUAAAUGAACAGGUUGAAGCCAUAAAGAAAAUCUCAGAAUAUGUAGCUCAGCUCCGGAGAAUUGGCAAGGGACAUGGUGUAUGGCACUUUGAUCAGACCCUUCUUCACGAGGGUGACGCUGCUGCUGCUUGAAAAGUUUGAUUACUGUUAAGAGAAUUUCGUCGACAUAUUGGAGUAUUGAGCAGAGUUUAUAUCAUGUAACCUACUCAAUUCUGGAAUUGGGGGAUUUUUGCUUCAAAACUUUUUCCUUUGGUAAUCUUGUUCAAAUGGAAUGUAGACCUGCUUUUAGUUGAUUUAGCUAGGAAAUAUGAGUUAGAAUAAAAGCGAUUUACUAUUAUACUAUGCUAUUUUUACCCUCCAUGCCUAAUUGAAAUCAAAAUUGAUUUUGCUCAUUUUGUUUAGAA